AUGGACGAGGAAGAGGAGGAAGAAAGGGGCGAACGCGAAUCCCACCAGCGUAAUUGUAUGAGUGCGCGCCGAUCGAGCGAGCGAGCAAUGCGAGAGAGAGAGAGUGAGCAAAUUGCGCGAAUAUCGGUAGUACCAUUUGGCCGACUGUACCGCGAAUGGGGACUCGCCACACGCGCGCGUUCGAUUCUCGUGAGCUCCAGAGAGGGAUUUUUCCGGGCAGGGGAAAGAUGCCUGGCGCAUGAGGAGGGUUCGCGCAGAUGCCGGGAUUUGUCGCAAGUGCGAGGGAUUCACCGCGAGAUCGUCGCGGCAGGGCACAGGGGCAACCGAUUUCUCGCGAAUUUGCUGGUGCAAAUGUAUGGGAGAGUCGGGAGCUUGCGUGAGGCGGAGAUUGUUUAUGAGGGAAUUGACGAGCCGCGGGAUGAUUCUUCGCGGCUGGCGCUGCUCAGUGCGUAUGCCCACAACGGGAAUGUCAACUUGGCGAGGGAGGUGUUUGAUUCUCUGACGCAAAAACCAUCCUUUACCUGGAGUGUCAUGCUCAAUGCAUAUGCCAGAAUAGGGCAUUUGCAGGAAGCAAAGGAACUCUACGACAAGAUGUUGGUUCCAGACGUAUUUUCAGGAACGAUUCUUAUCAAAGCGUUUUCCGAUAGACAAUAUUUGGAAUCCGCAAUAAAAGUUUUUGACGGUAUGCAAACGAAGGACUCCGUGGCUUGGAAUGCUCUGGUUUCUGCAAAUGCCUUUAAUGGGCAUUUAGAAACAGCGUCAGAAAUUCUAGACAAAAUGCCAAUGCUGGGCUCUUCGGCGAUGAAUCCACUGCUCCACGCCUACAGCCAAGCCGCCAUGGCCACACAGGCAAAGUUCGUGUUUGAAAAGAUGAGAGAGCGAUCCAUAAUCUCCAUGACGGCGUUACUAACAGCGUAUGACCAGGGAGGGGAUUAUAAAAACGCACGCAUUGUAUUCGACAAAAUGCCGCAGCACGAUCUCGUCUCAUGCAACGCCAUCGUCACAGCUUGCUCAAAAUCACAGACCCAAAAUCUUCACGAGCUAAAACACAUCUUCGAUGGAAUGCACGCCAGAGACAUUGUCUCGUGGACAAUCCUCCUCCAGGCAUAUGCCCAAAGCGGGCAUCCGUCAGUAGCCCAGGCAAUGCUGGCAAAACUGCCACGCUACGAUUCACUCUCGGCAACGGCCGUGAUCGAAGGCUAUGGAAAAGCGGGGAAUCUUUCCAGAGCAAGAGCCGUGCUAGAGAAUCUCCCUGAGAGACACUUAGAGCCAUGCACGGUUCUCAUGGAGGCAUACUCGAGGAAUGGAUACCCACUUGAGGCAGUCCACCUGUUCCGGACCUUGGAACUGGAAGGACGCAUAGAACCGGAUGGGGCGAUGUUCACGACGCUGCUGAGCGCGUGUAGCCAUGGUGGGCUGAUCCGGUUGGGCCUGGACUACUUUGCGGCUAUGGCGGUGGAUCACUCUCUCACUCCAUCGCCCAUGCACUAUAGUUGCGUUGCGGACAUGCUCGGCCGCGCGGGAUUGCUCCAGGAAAUCGAAGAUUUGGCUGAGAGGAUGCCGUGCUUGCCCAUCGAUUCUAUGUGGAUUGCACUGCUGAAUGCGUGCAAGAUUCACAACGAUCCCGGCCUAGGUGCCUUGGCGGCGGAGAAAGCAUCACAGCUACGGCCUGGGGAAUGUGUUCCAUAUGUCAUGAUCGCUGGAUUUCCAGACUCUUUGGAUCGCCCUCUACACCAUAGAUGA